AUGGCGUCAACGAAAGCUGACCGUGACUUCGUCCUUCGCCCCAACCAAAACGAGAAAUUCCGCCCUGUAAAUGGAGAGGCACUUCUGCGGACAACAGCGGAGGAAAUGCUGGGAAGUAAAAGCUUUACGUCUGGCGAUAGCCUCUCGAAUGAACUCGCAACAGUGAUUGCUGAUCGAUUAAAAGCUUUGCAUCUUUCGCACUACAAGUAUGUUGUACAAGUGACUAUCGGCGAGCGACAUGGCCAAGGGUUUAACAUCGCAUCGCAAUGUGUCUGGGACGCUGAUUGUGAUGGAAUGGCGAAAUAUUUCUAUUCUAACGAUUCCUUAUGGUGCUCCAUGGUCGUGUUUGCGGUAUUCCACUACUAA